AGCUUCGAUCAUCUUUUUACCAUUCACAGUGUAGUAUAUGAUUGAUGAUCGACCAGUCCUAGCUAGCAGUCUUCGAUCAUCUUGGGAUCCAAGUCAUCCAACUUAUUAUUGUCCUGUAAGGACAUUAUUGAUCGAGCUAAAAAGCUGCUACACGCCUGCAUAUAACCAUUGCCGCUAUAUCUAUGGUGGUAGACCGAUCGAGCAAGUAACCAUGGAGAUGAAGUCCAAAGAUAUCCACAACCAGAAUAAGCCUCUACACAUCGUCGUGUUCCCAUGGCUAGCCUACGGCCACCUCAUGCCGUUUCUCCAAGUCUCCAACUUCCUAGCUCAAAAGGGUCACCGCAUAUCCUUCAUCUCCACCCCUAAAAACCUCCAUCGCCUCCCAACCUCCUCCUUGUCCCCACUCAUCAAUCUCAUCGAGCUUCCACUCCCCGCCGUCGACGGCCUUCCUCACUCAGCGGAGUCUACCGCCGACAUACCCAUCAACAAAGUCCCCUACCUCAAAAAAGCCUACGACAAGCUGGAGCUUCCUCUCACGGAGUUUCUAGAACAUUGCGACGUCAACUGGAUCGUCCACGAUUUCGCGUCACACUGGCUACCCCGAGUCGUGACUCGGCUCGGGAUCAACUCGGUCUUCUUCACCAUCUUCAAUGCCACCACCAUGGCUUUCGCGGGGCCCCCGUCCGAGAUUCUCAGCGGCGGACGUCAGCGGCCUGAGGACUUCACCGUCGUCCCGAAAUGGAUCAACUUCCCUAACUACAACGUGGUGUUUAAGCUCCAUGAGAUGGUCUCUCACUGGGACUGCAUGGAAGACGAGGUCUCCGAUUUCCAAAGGUUCGCUGCCGCAAUUGAAGGUUGCGACUUUGUGGUCACGCGCACCUGUCCCGUGUUUGAUGCUGACUCGCUGAGUUUGGUGAACAAGUUAUACAGCAAACCGGUGCUUCCACUCGGGAUGUUGCCGCCGGUGUUACCAGACACCGACCACAGUGCUGAUGACGAAUCAGAACAUGGCACGUGGCAAAGCUUGAGAGAGUGGCUUGAUGGCAAGAAAGAGAAGUCUGUGGUUUACAUUGCACUGGGGACGGAGGUGACACUGAGUCGAGACUCCAUACACGAGUUGGCGCGUGGGAUAGAGAAAUCGGGGCUGUGUUUUAUUUGGGUGUUGGGCCAUCGUCAAGAAGCUGGAGCUCCGAAUAUGAUUCCGGUCGGGUUUGAGAAACGGGUCGAGGAUAGGGGUUUGGUGUGGAGGGGUUGGGCGCCGCAGCUUAGGGUUCUGGCUCACACCGCAGUUGGGGGGUUCUUGACACAUUGCGGUUGGAGUUCGGUUAUUGAGGCUCUAGGGUUUGGUCGGGCGUUGGUUUUGUUUUCCGGGGCGAGUGCGGAUCAAGGGUUGAUUGCUAGGCUCAUGCAUGGGAAGCGGGUCGGGUUGGAAAUACCGAGGGAUGAUCGAGACGGGUCGUUUAGUAGUGAAGUGGUGGCGGAGUCGAUUCGGAGAGUGAUGGUGGAAGAAGAAGGUGAGGUGCUGAGGGAAAAUGCUUGGGCAAUGAGAGAGGUUUUUGGUAACUUGAGUUUGAACAACAAGUAUCUAGAGGAGUUCAAUGAGGUGCUCGAGUCGUGGCCAGCUUCAACGUCUUGAUGAUAAACGUACUCGGGUGGGAGUGUACUUCAAGAAGUGUUGGAACUUGGAAAUGAACGUAGGGUUGGAACUUGGAAAUGAACGUAGGGUUUGAAAUUGUUGUUGAUGUCAAUAAAUAUAUUUCUUGGAAAAUUUGAGAGAAGUAUUGAAAGCCUUAACAUAAAUUUGGUAUGUGCUACAUUAUG